UCCCCUUCUUGCAUUGACGAGGUUUCUCCCCGCUGCCCACAUGGCAUGCGUAACGGGGACGAGUGGAUGGAUGAGCCCCCCUCCUCCGCAGGAAACCAUGUUUUUUACCAGCGCGUAGUGGACGAGGUGGCGCGAGCCUACAGGCAAAAACUUGCGUGAAAUUGUUGUACUCGUCGCGGAGGACGUGGAGGAGGGAAACAUAUUGCAGACGACAGAAUGUGGUCGCUGUCCGUGGUGCUGAACCCGCUGCUGUUCCUGCUGCUGUUCGGAUACUGCCCUUCUGUGACCAUCAGACCAAAGGAGGGGUGGCAGGUGUACAGCUCAGCUCAAGAUGCAGAUGGCCGUUGUAUCUGCACAGUGGUGGCACCUGAACAGAAUCUGUGCUCCAGAGAUGCCAAAGGCAGACAGCUCCGCCAGCUCCUGGAGAAGGUGCAGAACAUGUCGCAGUCAAUCGAGGUGCUGAACCUGCGGACGCAGAGGGACUUUCAGUAUAUCAUGAGGAUGGAGAGCCAGAUCAAAGGACUGCGGUCAAAGUUUCGCCAGAUCGAAUCGGACAGGAAGACGCUCGUCAACAAAAACUUUCAGGAGCUACAGGGAAAGAUGGAGUCCCUGCAGCCGCUGAUUCCUGUCCUGGAGCAAUACAAGGCAGACGCCAAGCUCAUCUCCCAGUUCAAAGAGGAGAUCAGGAACCUGUCGGGCGUGUUGAUGGGCAUCCAGGAGGAAAUGGGAGCCUACGACUAUGAGGAGCUGCAACAGAGGGUUCUAAACCUGGAAAAUCGGCUUCGCAACUGCAUGAGCAAACUCACAUGUGGCAAGCUAAUGAAGAUCACUGGGCCACAGACUGUGAAAACUUCAGGGACCAGAUUUGGAGCCUGGAUGACCGACCCACAGGCGUCUCCCAAAAACAACAGGGUCUGGUACAUGGACAGCUACACCAACAACAAGAUAGUAAAAGAGUAUAAAUCCAUGGCUGAUUUUGUGGCAGGAGUUGAGUCGAGAACCUACAACCUGCCUUUCAAAUGGGCUGGAACCAACCAUGUGGUGUACAAUGGCUCUUUGUACUACAACAAGAUGCAGAGCAACAUCAUAGUGAGGUACAGCUUCGAGACGGGCCGUGUGGUCACCCAGAGGGCUCUAGAGUCAGCGGGGUUCCAUAAUGUGUACCCUUACACCUGGGGAGGCUUCUCCGACAUCGACAUGAUGGCUGAUGAGCUGGGCCUGUGGGCUGUGUAUGCGACCAACCAAAACGCGGGGAACAUUGUCAUCAGCCAGCUGAACCCGGACACGCUCCAGAUCCUCAACACAUGGAACACAGAAUACUCAAAGAGGAACGCCGGUGAGUCUUUUAUAAUCUGUGGAACACUCUACAUCACUAACUCCCACCUGACCGGUGCCAAGGUGUACUAUGCUUACUCCACUAAAACCUCCACAUACGAGUAUACAGACAUUCCCUUUCAUAACCAGUACUUCCACAUGUCUAUGUUGGACUACAACGCAAGGGACCGCGCCCUCUACGGCUGGAAUAACGGCCACCAGGUCCUGUUUAAUGUUACACUUUUCCACAUCAUUAAAACUGAGGAUGACUCUUAAGCAGAGGAACAUACUGUACUCAUGAAAGAAAUUAUGACAAUAUAGAAUAAAAUGGAUA